AAUCUAUUUCCUGUUAUUACCGGAAGUAAGAAAUAAGACGUAUGAUAGCUGCAAAUAAUUUGCAACAAAGUCUGUUCCCGAAAAUUUGAAAUAGGACCAACGCGAUUAAUUGAUGUCUGACGAAAGUCACAACACUAAAGACUAGCAUCAUGUAAUGUCAGAUAAUACCACGUGACAACGGGUGAUAUAGACUUGACACGGUUCAGGUGUUGAGUGAGUUAUGCACGAAAACAUGGCAUCCCUCGAAUAAACUAAAACUGGCUACCUAUAAGUAAUCGUAUUUUUGAGUCACAGGUCAAUCUCAUUGACAUCAUGGAUGAGCUACAGAAGCUGGAGUAUCUGUCUUUGGUGUCCAAAGUAUGCACAGAGUUAGAAAACCAUCUUGGGAUAAAUGAUAAAGAUUUGGCUGAAUAUGUGAUUGAUCUCGCUGAGAAACAUGACACAUUUGAAAAAUUCAAGAAAGCCUUGGAUGAACGAGAUGCACAGUUCUCAGACUCUCUCAUUGCUAAUCUUCUACGUCUCAUCAAGAAGAUGAAGCCCAAGGUGAAGGAGCCUGAGAUAGCUGAUGAGAAGAACGCCUCCGAUGAGACAGACAUGAGGAAAGCUCUGUAUCCCGGCCUGGCGAUGCCCAAUAAUCCAGAAGUCAGGAAAAUGCUUGAUGGAGAGGUGAGCACAAAGAAGAUAGAAGUGAAGACUGAGGUGGUUACGGAGGAGAACGGCAAGGGCUGGGGUCGAGGUGGAGAUCAGAAAGUGGCAUCACAGAUGAUGGACGAGCUGGAGGCGCUCCUCGGGGGCAAGCUGCCGGUCAAGGAGGAGACAAGGACAGAGAAGGCAGAAAAGAAAAGGAGAAAAAGUCGAAGUCGAAGCCGCAGUAGAGAGAAAAAGAAAAAAAAACGUGACCGAGAUCGAUCUCGUGAGAGACGAAGAUCCAGGAGUAGGUCACGUGAUCGUCAUCGUUCCCGUAGUCGGAGUCGAGAGAAACGUCGCCGGUCCAGGAGUCGAGACAGAGAUAGACACAGAGACAAAGAAAGAGACAGAGAUCGAGACACAAAGAAGCGAGACCGAGAUCGAGACAAAACUAGAGAUAAAGACAAGUACAAUGACAUCCCAAUGGAGCCAGUGGUGGCACAGGUGUACCACGGCAAGGUGACGACCAUCAUGCAGUUUGGAUGUUUUGUUCAACUGGAAGGCCUGAGGAAGAGAUGGGAGGGUCUUGUACACAUAUCUCAGCUGCGCCGAGAAGGGAGAGUGACCAACGUGAGCGAUGUGGUCAGUCGAGGCCAGAAGGUCCUGGUCAAGGUGCUGUCCUUCACCGGCAACAAGACGAGUCUGUCCAUGAAGGAUGUUGACCAAGACACAGGGGAGGACCUCAACCCCACCAGGAGUCGCAACAUCGGCGGUGAUGUUGGAGGAGAUGACAUCGAGGCCCGCAACCCUGACAGGCCGUCCACAAUACCGCUCGUGGAUGCUCCUGAGAAUGAUGACGUCUCUACAGACAGGAAGACCUUCAAGCGAAUCUCAUCGCCAGAGCGAUGGGAGAUCAAACAAAUGAUGGCGGCUAGCUGUAUAGACAAGUCUCAGCUUCCGGACUUUGAUGAGGAAGUCGGACUGCUGCCGAAGGAGGAUGACUCAGAUGAGGAUGUGGAGGUGGAACUGGUAGAGGAGGAACCGCCCUUCCUUCAGGGUCAUGGUCGGCACUGGGUCGACCUCAGUCCUGUCAAGAUUGUCAAGAAUCCUGAUGGUUCUCUGGCGCAGUCGGCCAUGAUGCAGAGUGCGCUACAGAAGGAGCGGAGGGAGUUGAAGCAGGCGCAGAGAGAAGCGGAGAUGGACUCCGUGCCAGCCGGACUCAACAACCACUGGAUCGACCCCAUGCCUGAAAGUGAUGGACGAAAGCUGGCUGCGAACAUGCGUGGUGUGGGGAUGGCCCCGAACGACGUCCCUGAGUGGAAGAAACACAUCACGGGGGGCGCGAAGGCGUCGUACGGCAAGAAGGAGAAGAAGUCCCUCCUGGAACAGCGGCAGAGUCUGCCCAUCUUCAAACUGAAGGAUGAACUCUCCAAGGCGGUCAAUGACAACCAGAUAUUGAUCGUGAUCGGAGAGACUGGUUCAGGGAAGACAACUCAGAUCACACAGUACUUGGCCGAGGUGGGCUACACCACGAGGGGGAAGAUCGGCUGUACACAACCCAGGAGAGUGGCAGCCAUGUCGGUGGCCAAGCGAGUAUCAGAGGAGUUUGGUUGCCGUCUCGGACAGGAGGUUGGCUACACCAUUCGUUUUGAGGACUGUACGAGCCCCGAGACGAAGAUCAAGUACAUGACAGACGGUAUGCUGCUGCGAGAGUGUCUGAUCGACCCUGACCUUGUCCAGUACUCCAUCAUCAUGUUGGACGAAGCCCAUGAGAGGACCAUCCAUACGGAUGUCUUGUUCGGACUUCUUAAAGCUGCUGUGAAGAAAAGGCCGGAGUUGAAGUUGAUAGUGACGUCGGCCACCCUUGAUGCUGUCAAGUUCUCACAGUACUUCUUUGAAGCUCCAAUCUUCACGAUCCCCGGGCGAACAUACCCAGUGGAAAUCCUGUACACCAAAGAGGCAGAGACCGACUACCUGGACGCAUCCAUGAUCACCGUCAUGCAGAUCCACCUGACAGAACCUCCAGGCGACAUCCUGCUCUUCCUUACUGGUCAGGAGGAGAUCGACUCCGCAUGCGAGAUCCUCUACGAGCGGAUGAAGGCCAUGGGUCCCGAGGUACCCGACCUCAUCAUUCUCCCCGUGUACAGCGCCCUGCCCAGCGAGAUGCAGACCAGAAUCUUUGAACCGGCGCCACCUGGAUCCAGGAAGGUUGUCAUAGCAACCAACAUUGCGGAGACGUCGCUGACGAUUGAUGGCAUUUAUUAUGUGGUGGAUCCUGGCUUUGUGAAACAGAAGGUGUACAACUCCAAGACGGGCAUGGAUCAGCUGAUUGUCACGCCCAUCUCACAGGCCCAGGCCAAGCAGCGAGCAGGCCGAGCCGGGAGGACCGGUCCGGGGAAGUGUUACCGUCUAUACACGGAGCGAGCCUACCGAGACGAGAUGCUGCCGACCAACGUCCCGGAGAUCCAGCGCACCAACCUGGCCUCCACCGUGUUGUCCCUGAAGGCCAUGGGCAUCAAUGACCUCCUGUCCUUUGACUUCAUGGACGCGCCACCCAUGCAGACGUUGAUAUCGGCCAUGGAGCAGCUUCAUGCCCUCAGUGCUCUGGACGAUGAAGGAUUGCUGACCAGGCUGGGCCGGAGGAUGGCCGAGUUCCCCCUGGAGCCCAUGCUGUCCAAGAUGCUGAUCAUGUCCGUCCACCUCACCUGCAGCGACGAGAUCCUCACCAUCGUCUCCAUGCUGUCUGUACAGAACGUCUUCUACAGACCCAAGGACAAGCAGGCUAUAGCUGACCAGAAGAAGGCCAAGUUCCACCAGCCAGAGGGGGAUCACUUGACUCUGCUGGCCGUGUACAAUUCCUGGAAGAACAACAGGUUCGCCAGCCCUUGGUGCUACGAAAACUUCGUUCAGAUCCGGACACUCAAACGAGCGCAGGACGUCCGCAAACAGAUGCUGGGAAUUAUGGACAGACAUAAGCUGGACGUGGUGUCGUGUGGGAAGAACACGGCGCGGGUACAGAAGGCCAUCUGUUCAGGUUUCUUCCGCAACGCGGCCAAGAAGGACCCGCAGGAGGGCUACAGGACGAUAGUGGACAGCCAGGUGGUGUACAUCCACCCCUCCAGCGCCCUCUUCAACAGACAGCCGGACUGGGUGGUGUACCACGAGCUGGUCCUCACUACCAAGGAGUACAUGAGAGAAGUGACGGCCAUCGACCCCAAGUGGCUGGUGGAGUUCGCCUCCAAGUUCUUCAAGUUCUCCGACCCCACCAAGCUGAGCCGGCAGAAGAAACAGCAGAAGAUCGAGCCCCUCUACAACAAGUACGAGGAACCCAACCAGUGGAGAAUCUCACGGGCUUUCAGGAAGUUCCACACCAAAGUCACCUUCUAGACUGCGGCCUGGUUGUGUCAAGGCCCUUAUGCUGCUGUCUUUGAACUGGAGGUCAUUUUGUGGAGGUCAUUCAACAAUUUUCCAUAUGAUGUGGAUGUGUUUGCUGAAGAAUACUUUUUAUUAAUUCAUGUUUUUACCAAGCUUGUACAUAAUAUUUUCUGUAUAGAUCUAUGAUCUAUUCAUCUUGUGCAUAUAUCAUCUUCAUUAGUAGGGACGGGAUCGGGUGGUCGGGCUCGCUUACUUGGUUGAUGCAUGUCAUCGAUCCCAAUUGCGUGGAUCGAUGCUCAUGUUGUCAAUCACGUGAUUGUCUGGUCCAGACUCGAUUACUUACAGCUGGAAUAUUUCUGAGUGUGGCAUUAAACAAAAAACAGACAAACAAACAUUAGUAGUGAGGGUUGGACCCAGGAGGAAUCCAGGUUAGAUUUAGUCCCCGGGAACCUUUGCUGGUCAUAAGAGAAGGUUGCACGGGUGGCCCAGUCGUCUAAGGUGCCGCGAUUCGUCCCUUUGAGCACGUCAGAAACCUAUGAUUGUGGGUUUGAAUCCUGGUUCCCCCCAAUUAUGUUUCUAGGUUUGUGAGCACCAUACCCGUGCUCGUGGGUUUCACUGAAGUGGUAAACGUCUGAGACCUGCAUCACUUCGGGCUUUCCUCCCACAUUAAGCUGACACACCGUGAUAUAACUGGAAUACUGUUAAAAUAGGUGUUAAGCCCAACUCACUUACUUAAUAGCUUAAUAGAUCGGGCAGUCAGGCUAGACUCUAUUAUUUACAGGCCCCAACAUUUAGCUGGAAUAUUGCUGAAUGUGCUUGAAGUGCAGUUAAACGAUGUUAGCAUUUGGGGUAAGAGUUGCCUCCCUUGUGCCAGGAUUCAGUCACAGACUUGUCACUCAUGAUCCUUGGUCUGCCCAGAGAUUUCAUCAUGUUAGUAUUUCCUGACCUGUGCACUGCACUACCCUCUUACCUUAGGCCUGCCCACCCUGACUGGAAUACUGUUCAAAGUGGCAUUCAACCCAACUCCAUCUUCCCGAGGCAAGAUAGUUAACUGGCUUUCAAAGUCCAGUUUCCACCCUUGUUUCCACCCAGUUUACGAACCAGAUGUCAAUUUCCUUACGCGAUUUUGAUUGGACCUUAAUUAAAAACAUGAAAAGAUUUGGAAUAUAAAUUUAUAUGUUGACUCUAAAUUGGCGGUACAGGUGCUUUGCAAAUCCUGCAAUCGACCCAAAUCUAUCCAUGGCAUAUUACGACCCGGAUGUCAAUUUCCUUACGCGAUUUUGAUUGGACUAUGCAUAGACUCGUUAGUCCAGCCAAAAUGUAACUCCAUAAUACAAGCCUAGUUCGGCAAGGGUGAGAACUGGACUUUUAUAGUCAGUUAACUCUCUUGCCUUUGGGGAGAUGCACAACUCACUCAUUUACUUGUUUAGAGGUGUAUAGCUCAUUUACACAUGUCGGAUCAAUACUUGUCAUAGAAAUGUUAAAUAAAAACAUGUAAAUAGUA